UAUCAACGUUACCUCAGAAGAUGGAAUUUAUGGCUGGGUCUUCACGAGAGAGACCAUUGACCCCUAUCUGGAAAAUAUCCCAGACCCUGACAUGAACUGGAUUCCAUGUAGAGAUCCCCAGAGGCGUAUUUUGGUCUGUUAGAAGAAAGUGCCUCCGGUCUCCUGCUGCAGCAACGCGAGUGGGAGCACCAGACGCCGGGCUCAGAGCGGAACUCCACGGAUUGCUUUAAGAAAAUGGCAGACAAGCCGGACAUGGGGGAAAUGGCCAGCUUUGAUAAGGCCAAGCUUAAGAAAACAGAGACGCAGGAGAAGAACACCCUGCCGACCAAAGAGACCAUUGAGCAGGUGAAGCGGAGUGAAAUUUCCUAAGAACCUAGAGGAUUCCCCACCCCCGUCAUCUUCGAGACACCCCAGUCAUGAUGUGGAGGAAGAAGAGCCAUCUGCAAGAUGGACACGAGCGACAAGCUGCACUGUGAACCCGGGCACUUUGUGCCGACGCCACCGGCCUGCAGGUCUCUGAAGGGACCCCCCCCCCCAAUCGGACUGCCAAA